CUCGUAACAUGCGUUAAUGAGCGAGAUCUGAGUAACAUCAGAAGAAAGAAAUAUCAAAACAAAUAAAAUGUGUAUUUUUACGUUAUCUUCUGCAUAAAAAUGAAUGAACUGAAAAGAACAAUGUAUAUUAACAUAUGAAAAAUUGCGGAAUCGUCACCAGUGCAAAAGAAGAAAUAGAACAGUCCAUUCAUCUGAAAACAAGAAGUGUUAUACAAACUAUAUAUUUUUUCAUUGGACAUUCUGCGCAAUGGCAGGACGAUCACAGAACCCUCAUGGACUUAAGCAGAUUGGACUGGAUCAAAUCUGGGAUGAUCUCAAGUCCGGCAUCAACACAGUCUAUAAGCGACAGAGCAUGGAUAAAGUCCGCUACAUGAAACUAUACACACAUGUAUACAACUACUGCACCAGUGUCCAUCAGUCAGGCCACGGGGCACAGGCUAGUGGGAGGGGCACUUUGGGCAAGAAAAACAAACAACAGACGGGUGGCGCUCAGUUUGUGGGGCUGGAACUAUACAAGAGGCUCAAAGAAUACUUAAAGAAGUAUUUGGUUGAUUUACAAGAGAAUGGUCAUGACUUGCUAGACGAGCAGGUGCUCAGUUUCUACACAAAACAAUGGGAAGAGUACCAGUUCAGUAGCAAGGUGCUCAAUGGCAUCUGUGCCUACCUGAAUAGACACUGGGUGAGACGAGAGUGUGACGAGGGCACUAAAGGCAUUUAUGAAAUAUACUCACUUGCAUUAAUCACAUGGAGAGAUUGCCUGUUCAAGCCCCUGAAUAAGCAGGUGACAAAUGCCGUACUCAAGUUGAUAGAACGGGAACGUAACGGGGAACCCAUUAAUACGAGGCUCGUUAGUGGGGUCAUCAACUGUUAUGUUGAGCUAGGCCUUAAUGAAGAUGACCCAUCAGCUAAGGGUCCAACAUUGAGUGUAUACAAAGAACAUUUCGAGACCCCCUUCUUAGAGGACACAGAGAGGUUUUAUAAACUGGAAAGCACUGAAUUCCUCCGGCAGAACCCUGUCACUGAAUACAUGAAAAAGGCGGAAGCGCGGUUAAUGGAGGAGCAGCGUCGUGUUCAGCUAUACCUACACGAGAGUACACAGGACAUCCUGGCUCGCAAGUGUGAGAAGGUUCUCAUUGAGAAACACCUAGAGAUCUUCCACUACGAGUUCCAGAACCUUCUGGAUUCAGAUAAAAAUGAUGACCUGGGUCGUAUGUACCAGUUGGUAUCCCGGAUACAAGACGGUCUUGGGGAACUAAAAUCCUUGUUGGAAACUCACAUCUAUAGCCAGGGCCAGGCUGCUAUAGAGAAGUGUGGUGAUGUUCUCAAUGAUCCAAAGAUCUAUGUUCAGACAAUCCUAGACGUACAUAAGAAGUACCAUGCCCUUGUUAUGACAGCAUUCAGCAAUGAUUCAGGCUUUGUCGCUGCCCUUGAUAAGGCGUGUGGUAGAUUCAUCAACAACAAUGCAGUUACAAAGCUGGCCAACUCCUCCAGCAAGUCACCUGAGCUCCUCGCUAGAUACUGUGAUCUGCUUCUCAAGAAAAGUUCAAAGAAUCCAGAAGAAGCCGAGUUAGAAGAUACAUUAAAUCAAGUGAUGGUUGCCUUUAAGUACAUAGAAGAUAAAGAUGUGUUCCAGAAGUUUUACAGCAAGAUGUUGGCUAAACGCCUUGUACAGCACAUGUCCGCCAGCGACGAUGCAGAGGCCAGCAUGAUCUCAAAACUGAAGCAAGCGUGUGGUUUUGAGUACACGUCCAAGUUGCAGCGCAUGUUCCAAGACAUCAGUGUCAGCAAGGAGCUUAAUGACUCCUUCAAGACCCAUCUUACACAGUCAGGGGACAAACUUGAUGUUGACUUCAGUAUCCAGGUGUUGAGCUCUGGUUCCUGGCCUUUCCAACAGUCCUGUACCUUUUCCCUACCACAAGAGUUGGAGCGUAGUUACCAGCGGUUCACAAGCUUCUACAACAACCGACACAGCGGCAGGAAACUCUACUGGCUUUACCAAAUGUCGAAAGGAGAAAUUGUCACCAACUGUUUCAAAAACAGAUACACUCUGCAGGCGUCCACUUUCCAAAUGGCCAUCCUUCUACAGUAUAACACACUGGACUCCCUCACAGUGUCAACCAUACAGGAGAGCACGCAGAUUAAACAGGACAUUUUGGUGCAAGUGCUGCAGAUCUUGUUGAAAUCCAAGCUCCUGGUCACGGAUGAUGACGAGAACGAUCUUCAGUCCAGCUCACAACUGUCUCUCUUCUUAGGAUAUAAAAAUAAAAAGUUGCGCGUGAAUAUCAACGUUCCCAUGAAGUCUGAGGUAAAGGUGGAACAGGAAACCACCCAUAAACACAUCGAGGAGGAUAGGAAACUCCUCAUUCAGGCAGCGAUAGUGCGUAUCAUGAAGAUGCGUAAGCAGUUAAAGCACCAGCAGCUACUGGUGGAAGUGCUCAACCAGCUGUCAUCCAGGUUCAAACCCAGGGUGCCAGUCAUUAAGAAAUGUAUAGACAUUUUGAUAGAGAAGGAGUAUUUAGAGCGAGUGGAUGGACAGAAGGACACGUACAGUUAUCUCGCGUAAUGUCACCGUUAAUAGCGUUACUGUGAUCAUAAAGUGUUGAUACUUGCUUCAUGUUUCAAGCAGGAAAUGAAGUUGAACAUUAUUGUGGAGCAUUCUUCUCCUGGUCAGUGGAAUACACUGGGUAUGCGGUGUGAAAAAUGUGGCAAAAAACAAUACUUAGAUAGAGGGAGCAUGUGUUAAAACUAUAUAUAAACAAAAUGUUUAACUCGAGCUGUUGUGAAUUGUUGUAUUCUAUUAUGGGGUUAGAUUCUUUCAAAAGAUAGCAAUGCAGUUGUACAGGAAUUAAAAAGGUAAAAAGCACAAUAAAUAAUAGCAUAGAAUACUAUAGAUGGUUGUUAGCACAUGCAGUCUAAAACCAGACUCUGUUAAAAGAGUCUAGCUUUUUAUUACUCAUAUCAAUACAUAACAGUUUUCAAAACAGAAAAGUUCUAUUAACACAUAUUUCAUUUUUAUCAAGAUAUAUAAAUAAAUAAUACAUACCAACAAGUUUUCCUCUGCCAGAUAUUUGAAUUUCAGUUGUUUUAGUAAUCUUGCGUGCUUUCUUUCUUUGGUGUGUUAACUGAUCACAUCACCAGUAUUCAAUUACUUUUUUUGUGCUGACAGGUUGUUUGUACCAAUGACUUGUAUUUAUGUGCAAUCAUGUGCAAAGCCAAAUGUUACUAGAACUUCUUGAAAUGUUAAUUGAAAGAUCAUAACUAUACCCCCUGGGUAACGGAGUUUGAAGGGGGUGGUAUAUCAGAGUCGUUAUAUGGUCGAGCAGAUGGGCGGUCUGUUUGCAAAUAUUUGUGGAGCAAACUGCUUCCACACAUUUAGAGGUAUUAACAUUACAACCAUUAUUGGAGGUUGUGUCUGGGUUUUUUUCUACGGAUCUGAGGCCGUCAUGUCAUGAGGUGGCCUUGAAUAUAUCUUGACACUGGAGUGAUCCAAGAGUAACAAGGGAAACAACUACUGAUAAAAAUUAUAUAUCUUGACACUGGAGUGAUCCAAGAGUAACAAGGGAAACAACUACUGAUAAAAAUUAGUGUCAAAAUGAAUACAAGUUGUUUCCCCUUGAUAAAGUUAAAACAAUUCUAUAUUUUUCCAUGAAUUCUAAUUAAGUACAAAUUACUGGUAGUCAACAAAAUCUAAAAAACACCAAAAAUGUGAAUCAAUGUAAGAAACUAUUUCAGUAUGGGAGUAAAUUUAUAUAUAUAGAAAAAAGUUAGAUAGAAGGACACAUAAAAUUACUUGUUCACUGGCAUUUUUGAGUGCAACUAUUGGUGUUCAUAUCAGAAAAUUUAUGUUAAAAAUAUUAGUAGAUGUCUUAUUUGUGUAAGAAAAAAUACUGAUUUGUAUCAAUUGUAAAUUGACUUGAUUCUUACACUGUCAUGCAUAGAUUAAUAUUCUGUAAAAUGUUUAUCUCAUGUAGGGUGAGGCACUUCCAUUAUUGUAGCUCUCAAAAAUAAUGUUAACCAUCAGUUUAAAAAAAAUGUCAGUGAAAAUAUCAUAGAAACUGGAUAUUUGAAGUUCAUAACUUUGAUCUCCUCUGGUUUCAGCAAACCAUUAGUAUUGUCACUAUGGAAUAAUAUUAAUGUGACGUUGUCUGUGAAAAUGAGUCCUGUUGAUGUUGUCACAUUUACAACAAACAUUAACAACAAAACCUUAUUUUUACUAAGAGAUACAGGAUUACAAACAAAUUUCUAACAAUGUGUAAAAUAAAUUUUUAGAACCAAUAACCUUUGUGAAAAUAUAGAAAUACAGCUUUAUUUGACUGGUUAUGUUUGCCUUUGUUUGACUGGUUAUGUUUGACUUUGUUUAACUGGUUAUGUUUGCCUUUGUUUGACUGGUUAUGUUUGCCUUUGUUUGACUGGUUAUGUUUGCCUUUGUUUGACUGGUUAUGUUUGCCUAUGUUUGAGUGGUUAUAUUUGCCUAUGUUUGACUGGUUACCAUCCAAAUAUGUAAACAUCACUUUCCCUUCACAGGACUUAUUUUCGCUGACAACGUCGCAUAAUCAUUGGUGUAUGACAAAAAGGAAAUGUGUAUAAAGGUUAUGAUUAUUUGUGUUGUACAUAUACUUCUUCAAUCUGUGUACUUGUUAAGAUGUUUAUCCCUGUUGUGCUAAAAUGGAUCUGCAAGAGAAUAGCUACUGUAUAUACCAUGCAAAUGAUUGAAGGGCUCAGAGCACAAAGGACGUAACUCCUUAUAAAAAUAGAAGUAUAUAGGUCUCUCUCUUGCUGACCCCUCAUAAACCAGAAGUAGGCAAAGUGAUACUUUAUAAUUCAAGAUCCUUAACAUCCUCUGGGCAUUUUUGUGCAGAUUGUUUAGAGGGUUGUUAACGCAUUAUUGUUAACAUUUAAAUCUGAAAUAUUUUAUGAUGUGAUGGUAAAUUUAAGUAAAACCAGUAAAGCUGAAUCAGUUGUUACAACAUUUGUGUUUAGUUCUGCAGAUCCAAAGUGUAUCCAUUAAACUUGUGCACUGCAGUAAUAAAGAUGAUGUUAACAACAACGAUGACGUUAACAACAUUGUUAACUUUAACAAAGUUCUGAACAAUCAGCCCAAUAUUUCAUUUCUUAUUUUUUCGGUUAGUUACUAAGACUUGGCUGCAAAUGUCCAAGGAGCUCACAAAUACAGUUUUGAUGUUUAAAUGUCAAGAGUGAUUACAAUUACAUUGUUUUUUUUACUGUCAGUUUAAUACCAUCCCUUUUCUAAGAUACACUUCAGAUAAUGCACUGUUUUGCUCAAUGAACAUCACUGAUGCUUAUGUUCAUUGUUGCUCUUACUUUGUCAGUUUUCUCAGUAAGCACAUCAUUAAAGUAAAAUUGUGGCCUUGUGUUAGACUUAAACAAAAUUUUACAUUCAUCAUUACUAUAUGCUUGAUCAUCUGCCACCCUUUCAUUGGCCAAGAAGCUGUCACUUGACCUUUUUCCACCCUUUCAUUGGCCAAGAAGCUGUCACUUGAAAUUUGCCACCCUUUCAUUGGCCAAGAAGCUGUCACUUGAAAUUUGCCACCCUUACAUUGGCCAAGAUGUCACUUGAUAUUUGCCUCCCUUUCAUUGGCCAAGAGAAAGUAUAUGUAUAAGUAUGAGUACAAUUCAUUGCCUUUAAACAAUUACUCCGAAAUAUAUUUUGCUUUAAAAUUAGUUUUCAUUUCAAUUCUGAAACAAAAAAUACAAGUAAGUUGUCAAAACGUUCAAUCUGUGAGAGUGCAGCUUUUAUGGCCAACAGCAUCUUAAAAAUGAGCACCUUUGCUUAUGGAACUGUCAAUUGGCAAAUGUGAAUUCAUGUAUUUUGUGAGAUAAUGUUUUUAAUUUGUCAAAUAUGUUGUAUUACAAUAUUAACAUCAUAAUAGGAGUUCCAUUUGUUUGUCAUUGGUAUGUGCUUGUAGAAUGCAGAUAGUACUACUUGUAUCUGUGUUCCUUGUUGAAGUUUUAUACAUGUAACUGUGUUUGUACAAAAAAUGAAUUUUAUACAUGCAUUUGUGUAUAGAUGACUUUGUUGAAUUAUUUAUUGUUCAUUUCUAAAUGAUGCAUUACCACAUUGGAAUAAUGUUUGUUUGAAGAGUCAUUUUGUGGCAUUUUCUAGCUUUCAUAUGUUGGAAUUUUCUUGGGUUUUAGCGUAUCUGCAUUUUUUAAGAAAAAUGUUGAGUCAUUAUGAUGACAACGUUGGCGUCGUUGGCUUUAUCAUUGUCUGUUGCUGUUGUUGUUGUUCAAAAAAUUAAACCUUGGACAUAACUAAAGAAAAAUUAUCAAGAUAUUCAUAGUAAACUUAGUAUACAUGUUUCCAGAGACAAUACACACAUUUUAAGCAAGGCAGAAAACUCUAGCUUUAGUAAUUGUCGAGUUAUGCUACUUGUUCAACUGAAAAACAACAAGAACAACACUAGACACUCAUGGCGUCCCCCUCCCAUGGCACUUUGGUUUUUAUCUACCCUUAUUUUUCUUUCCAUGGCUGAAUGAGUCUAUAUUGAAGACAUCUAGCCAUUUAGCAUAAGUUUUUAAGUUUUUGUGUGUAUAUUAAUAUUUAAAAAAAAAAAUCCAAAACUUUUCAUCUACUGAGUGACUCUUUUAAUAAACAUUAUACAUGAUUCAUCUGCUGUUGUUGAAGUCCGGGUUAUUCCCUUGUUAAAAAUUGCUUAAUUUACUUAUUUGAUAGUCUUGUCAAUGCUUGUAAUGGAAGCUGGUUUGAUUGUGUUGACAUUACCAAAAUUUGUUUCCAUGGAACUGAAAAAUUAACUCGUAUUGUUUUGCACACUUAUUCGCACAAAAAUUUGAUUAAAAUCAGGUAUUUUUAAUGUUUUAUGUAAAACUGUCUUUCGUUUUACUUUCUUAUGAGCCUCUUUGUCAUAUUGAUUCAUUUUAGAUGUAUUUAAUUACCGAAAAUUCAUUGUAAGUUACUUUUCUCAGAACGGAUUUUUGUUUGCAUGUCAUGUUCAUUUCCGUAUUUUUAGAGCUUUGCUUUUUCAAUGGGAGUUUCAAUGGUAAAACAGAAAAAAACAUUAAAAUCAUUUCCAUGAAGUGUGCACUGUUCAUAUUUCAAGCUUAGGUUUUUCGGUUAGAAGUUCAGCUUAAGGAUAACUGAUUUUGGUUAUUUGGUUUUCUAGUUUCAUAUUUAACCUUUCAAUGCGAGACUUCACUAUGAACCGUACUUGAUACAGUAUUGAUGGAUCAUGAUUUAAAUAAAUAAUCAAAGACA